GCAAGAAUUGUUCAUAUGUCGUGUAAGCAUUUCAUCACCACAGCUGACUAUUUACUAAUCCUACUGACUGGACACUCCCACAAAGGUGUGUGUAUAAAAAGAGCAAUCAAUGGUGACUACUUUUAUCAAAAGAACAGUUCAUCAAAGGAACAUUUUGGUCUCAUUAACAGGAUUCUGCUGCUUUCCAGAGUCAAAAUGGUGAAUUAUGAAGUGACUGUAUCCACUGGCAAUCUUGUCGGUGCCACCACUUUAAACAACGUCUUCAUUAAGCUGGUAGGAACAGAUGGGGAGAGCAAACGCAAGUGGCUCAUGGGGCUCAAAGGAGCUUCAUCCUUCACCAUUGGAGCAGUGUCUAGUUUUACCGUGUCCUGCCCUGGCUCCAUUGGAAAGCUGGUCCUGAUAGAGCUGGACAAACAGUGUCUCCCACUGUUCCCUGAAGACUCCUGGUUCCCCACCAAGGUGGAAGUGAAAUCUCCUGAAGGAGAUACCUACAACUUUCCCAUCUACCGCUGGAUCACUGACAGUGAGGUGUACCGCUUCCGAGAAGGAACAGCUCUGACAGUCUUCGAAGACAACCAUCAUCUUGGCAGGUACAGUCGGCAGAAGGAACUGGAUCAACGAGAGAAGGACUAUCGCUGGCAUGUGUAUGUAGAGGGAAUACCCCACUGCAUCAAGGCAGAGAACCCUCUUUCUUUGCCUUGUGAAGUCCGCUUCUCCUUUACUAAGACCACAGAGUUUCUCUAUACUGCAUCCACCGGGCUGACUGAACUGCAACUUAAGGGUCUGGCUAAUUGCAAGGAGAAGUGGACAGAUAUUGAUGCUAUCAAUCGGGUGUUCUGCUGCAAACGGACUGAUAUAUCAGACUAUGUCCAGGAACAUUGGAAGGAGGACGCUUUUUUUGGCUACCAGUAUCUAAAUGGUGUCAACCCCAUCUUGAUCCGACGUUGUUCAGCUCUGCCCGAUAACUUUCCUGUCACUGACGACAUGGUCUUCCUCCGUGGACAGUGUAACUUGACAAAUGAAAUGAAGAAAGGCAACAUAUUCCUGUGUGACUACAAGCGUUUGGAUGGAGUGAAAGCAAACACCAUCAAUGGGAAGAAGCAGUACUUGAUGGCUCCACUCGUCCUGCUCCACAAAACACCUGAUGAUAAACUGAUGCCAAUUGCUAUCCAGCUGAAGCAGACUCCAUCAGAUGACAACCCCAUCUUCUUUCCUACCGAUUCUGAGUACGACUGGUUGAUGGCCAAGAUUUUUGUGAGAAGUGCAGAUUUCAGUGAGCAUCAACUCAAUGUUCACCUGCUGCGCACUCAUCUGCUGGCUGAAGUGUUUGCAGUGUCACUGCUGCGUAAUGUGCCAAUGGUGCAUCCACUGUACAAGCUCCUCAUACCUCACACUCGCUACACUCUGCAGAUCAACCACUUAGCUCGACUUGUUUUAAUAUCUGAGACUGGAGUUUUUACAAAGUUUGCAGCUUCUGGUGGAGAGGGUAUGAUGACAAUCCUGAAGAGAUCACUGUCCUCAAUGACCUACGGCUCCCUCUGCAUACCAGACGACAUUGCUGAGCGUGGUGUGGAGGCUGUGCCGAACUUCUACUACAGGGAUGAUGGACUCAAGCUUUGGGAUAUCAUCCAAAGGUUUGUGCAGGGAGUGCUCAGCUUCUACUACAAGAACGACGCUGAGGUCCAGAAAGACUCCGAAUUGCAGAAGUGGAUUUCAGACAUUUUUGAACAUGGAUUUCUUUCCCAAGCAUGCACAGGAAUUCCACAGAGCUUUACCACCGUGGCUGAGUUGGUCAAGUUCGUCACCAUGGUGAUCUUCACUUGCUCAGGACAGCACUCAGCUGUGAAUUCUGGACAGUAUGACUAUGGUGGCUGGAUGCCCAACACUCCCAUCUCUCUGCAACUUCCUCCACCAACCACAAAGGGAGAAACAAGCGAGGCCACGAUGCUGCAGACAUUCCCUGACGUCAACACAACAGUUCAGGGAAUGUCCACCAUGUGGCUACUCAGCAAGCAGUCGUCUGACUUCGUCCCUCUUGGCCAAUACCUAGAGGACCAUUUCAGUGAGAAGAUUCCCAGCAAGCUGAUAAAGGAUUUUCAAGGGGAGCUUGAAGUGUUAAGUUCGGUCAUCAACGUCAGAAACAAGAGGCUGGAGGUCCCAUACACAUACAUGGAUCCAAAAAAGCUAGAAAACAGCGUGGCCAUUUAAAUAUCAGAAGGUGUGACCUCCUCAGCUGUUGGCCAAAUUCAGCUUCAUAUUAAAGGUACUCUAAGCAAUGUCACACGCAUUUUUAGGCACAACAUUUUUUGUCACAUACAGCAAACCUCUCCUCACUAUCCGCGAGCUGCCGAUACCCUGAACACACUGUAAAAAAAAAAACACGGUCUCUGUAAACAGCCCAGGGUCCACAAAAACAUAACAAACCGUUUUCCAGCGUUCAGCCAAUAACCGACAAGAAGGAUUUGGGGUGGAGGUUGGGUGGGUUAGUUUGCUAGUUUUAAAUCAUACGCAUCCUAAAUCUUCUUAGUUUAUCAAUGAAAAAUUUUAAUUUACAAAUGAAAAAUAAAAAAUGUGAAGCUGCUGCAUUGAGAAGCUUCUUAUAAACACAUGUAUCUUUCAGAAACAAAAUGUGUCAAUUUGCACUUGUCUGCCCUCAUUGGACUAUUGUUUUAUUAUUUUCCGUCUCAACACAAGAAUGUUGUAUUUUUUCUGGGCUGCUCUACAGCAGUGUGUGUUGUGUAGUAGUCUUUCACUGAUAACUGAGCUACAGCUUGUUCUGUAUGUGAGAUUGUUCUGUGCCAGUUAAUCUACAGAACAAAAUAUAAAUUAUUUUGAGAAAACAAUGAAUGUUUUAUUUAUUUAUUUUUAUAUAUAUAUAUAUAUAUAUAUAUAUAUAACUAGUAUUAGCUUUGUUUACUGUAGUUGUUUUCAUUUUUUAACAUUUUACUGAUGACGAAACUUUGAAUCAAGCUUUUUUCAGUGAACCCUUUUUGCUAGAGAAAUUAAAACAAAAGUGGUGAAUAUAAAAUGAUGUGGCUGAUUUGUGAUGUAAUAAUCACAGCAAAGCCCUAAUUGCACAGUGCUACACAAAUUUGUUUAUUGUUCACAAUGAUUAAAAAUUUAACUUCUUAAUAA